AUGUCGAGGCAAAACCAGUCGGACGAGCUGGCAUACCCGCACUUUGCCCUCAUUUACAUCGAUCGGGACGGGAACCUCCGCCACGAGGCUUCCCCUUCUAUUCGCAAUAGCCGUGAAGCUAUUCUUUCUCCCGGAGUCACCAAUGCAUUUUUACAGGCCGUGGCACGGUCUGGCGAAACUGUCCCAUCACAUUCUCUACUGGAGGCUGGAACUACCACACCCUCACCACCACAAAGGGUACUCGGGGGUCAAAUUCCUCUCCGACCGUUGCUCAACCGGGCUGCUGAAAGCCCCGAGACUCUAGGACCCGAUGGACACCAUCGUAGUGCCAUGGGCCCGAGGCCUACGAUACAACCAGCCAUGUGGCCCCGACAGCAACAACAGUUGCUACAACAGCAACAGCAACAGCAGCCGCAGCCGCAAACCAGACAGAGACCUUGGAAUGAAGAGGUCAGCAUGAGAAGCAACCAGAAAGCGUUGAUCUCAAUUCGAGACAAAGACUUCCUGCACCGGUACUACGAGAAGGUCUUCCAGAACCUGCAACAGACCAACUGCCGAGUACUGGCAAAGGCCUACGUGAAGCUCGUUGAGCCUCGCAAGCAGGUCAAUUACCCUUAUAAUGGACGAAAAAUUGUUGCUGGCAGAACUCAGCAACUGGAGCCGGACGAGACUAAGCCGCCAUGGUGGCCUUCAGGAGUGAGCCACCGCGAGCCGGAUCAUCUUCCCAAGGCCGAACGCAUUAGACUUCUAGUUCAUAUACUAUGCGAGCUACGCACCAGCCAUGGUGUCACCGCUCGUCGACUCAAAGAAGCCGACCAACCGAUCCGACGACAGAUUUCCCCUACCGAGCGACUACAGAUACUGGACGAGGUCUACCGAGUCAGGGAAGAAGAGGAAAAGUUCCAAGAGGGAGUGACUGACGGCAAAGCUCUGGUGUCGAUUUCCCGAGCGAACCUGCCCGAUGCAGUGGAAGCUACCCUGAGCCAAGGAUCACGGAGUAGAAGAAGCUCUCCAACCGACGAAGCCUCAACGCAUGGAACAGAAGCAGGUGAAGAACCAAUGGUCGUCCACAACGGUACAGUCCAGGACACCAUCGUUUCUCAAUCUAUCUUCGCACCAGCAGACAUACCUUCCGAUCUCUCGCCAACAGCCCUCCGUCCUCCCUCCCACAGCCCAAGCCAAUUCAUCCACCAAGACCUACCCAUACACCCGAACUACGACCCAAGACCCUCCUCCUCAUCAAUGUCACAACAAGAUCUGAAGAGGAAACGCCUCCGCGUGGAAUCCGAUCCAUCUACCACUACAACCCCUCACACACUAGCAUACUAUCCGCCCACGUUUGUCGGCUCUCAACCUUACCUCCCGGAGGCCUACAACGAGCUUCAUCCCUUCCCAGCCCAAGUCAUUCCAACAACAGCACCCCCCGGCGCUGAACAAUACGAGGGGCACAUGGAUAGCAGCUAUGCGUUUCCGUACUACUUUGAUAACUGA